GGUGAAGCUGAUGAGAACAUGGAACGAGGUAACUGGUCCUCCAAGACUGACUACUUUCUAUCGGUGAUCGGCUGUGCUGUGGGUCUGAGCAAUGUCUGGAGAUUCCCGUACCUGGCUUUCAGAAAUGGAGGAGGUGUGUUUCUAAUUCCCUACACCCUGAUGCUCGCUUUCAUCGCAAUGCCAAUGUUUUACUUGGAAUGUUCCUUUGGGCAGUUUGCCAGUCUCGGACCUGUUGCAGUGUGGAAAGCUGUGCCCAUGUUACAAGGUGUGGGGAUUACGAUGGUCCUGUUCAGUACCAUUAUAGACAUCACUUACAAUUGCAUCAUUGGCUACAGUCUGUACUACCUGUUUGCUUCCUUCCAAUCACCCCUGCCGUGGGCAGACUGCUUCAGUUGGUGGGGAGCAGAUGAAACAUGCAGCAGGACUCCCAAAGGCCCACUCUGCAAUCUCACUCUGAAUGAUGGAUGUUUUGAAAUCGUUAAUACAACAUGGCUGCAGACAAACAAUGAAACUUGUCCAAAUGGAUCAGAAAUCUCCAUUUCUCACCAGGGUCCGAGUGAGCAAUACUGGGAGAAAGUAGUUUUACGCCGUUCCAGUUCAAUUGAAGAGACUGGGGAGAUUGUGUGGUAUUUAGCUCUUUGUCUGCUUUUGGCCUGGCUGAUAGUUGGAGCAGCCUUAUCUAAAGGAAUCAAAUCUUCAGGCAAGGCUGUUUAUUUUACUGCAACAUUCCCAUAUGUGGUUCUGACCAUACUCCUGAUCCGAGGAAUUACCCUGGAAGGAGCCUAUAAAGGGAUUGAAUUCUACAUCGGAAAGCAGUUGGACCUCUCAAAACUGACUAAUGCUGAGGUCUGGAAAGAUGCUGCAACACAGAUUUUCUAUUCUCUUGCAGUGGGUUGGGGCAGUUUAAUAACACUAUCAUCCUACAAUAAGUUCCACAACAAUUGUUACACAGAUACCAUUGUUGUCUGUGUUGUUAAUUGUGCUACCAGUGUGUUUGCUGGAUUUGUCAUCUUCUCCAUCCUUGGACAUAUGGCUCAUAAACAAGACAAGCUUGUUUCAGAGGUUGUCCAGUCAGGUUUUGGUUUGGCUUUCAUUGCCUACCCAGAGGCCCUUGCACAGUUGCCAUGGGCACCUUUAUGGGCCACAUUAUUUUUCUUCAUGCUGAUCACUCUAGGACUCAGCAGUCAAUUUGUAGCUGUUGAAGCCAUUAUAACCUCAUUGCUGGACCAGUUCCCUACAUUUCUGCGAUCAAAGCGUCUUUCUGUGACAGCUGGUGUAUGCUUGGUGAUGUAUCUCCUCAGUGUCCCAUGUGUGACACAGGCUGGGAUCUACUGGAUCAAUUUAAUUGAUCAUUUCUGUGCUGGAUGGGGACUUCUGGCAACUGCUCUGUUGGAACUGAUUACUUUAAACUGGAUCUAUGGGCUGAACAGAUUCAUCAAGGACAUUGAGAUGAUGAUUGGGGAAAGGAAUUGGCUCUUCUGGCUGUGGUGGAGAGCAUGCUGGUUUUUAAUCUCACCAAGUUUGCUCGCAAUCAUCUUGGUCUGGUCAUUAGUAACGUUUGCUCCACCAACAUAUGGACCUGUUGAAUACCCUGUCUGGACAGUAGCACUGGGCUGGUGUAUGACCACCUUCUGUAUUAUGUGGAUCCCCAUUGUGGCCGUAGUGAGAGUUGUCCAAGCUGAGGGCUCCACCUUGUGGCAGAAAAUUUCUGCUGCUUGCACAUCAGCUCCUGAUUGGGGUCCGUACCUGGAAGAGCACAGAGGGGAACGAUAUAGAAGCAAGCUUGAUUCUACGGAAGCCCCAAAUUGUCUACAACUUCUGGCACCUCCUGAGAUCUGA